GAGCUCAGAUGAAAUGAGCCUCAAAGACUUUGUCAUAUCAAAAACCGAAGUAAUCGAUGCUUGUAAAAAAGGAGAAUAUGAUAAAGUUGCGUUGUUUCUCAGCUCGAAAAAGGGCAAAAAGAUUCGAAGCGGGCUGAAAUUUUUCACAACGCGAUCAGACAGUCAUUGGCUCGCCGACUACAAAGAUGAAAAAUCUGACUUCACCUUACUCCAUCAUGCGGUUCUCGAGAAUCAAAAUCAAAUCAGUAAACUCCUUAUGGACUACGAACCACUUCUUUUACUGUGUAAAAGUACAAAAAAUAUUUUACCAAUUCACUUGGCCGCCUGGAAUGGGAACUUGGAGAUUGUGAAAAUGCUUCUUUUACAAACAAUGGAAAAGCCCGCAGAUAUUCUGAAUGCAGUGAACAUUUUCAAUGAAACUCCACUUCAUCUUGCAGUUCAGAGAUGUCAUCUUGAAGUUGUGUUCUAUUUGAUAAAGAAAAAUGCCGACCCCUUCAUUCGUAAUGAAAACAAGGAAAAUGUGAUUGACGUUGCAUCACGCAUUGGAUCUGCUGAAGCCAUCAGAAUGUUGUGCCAAAAAUGGCCAAAGUUUCCUGUGCAGUCAGCAUAUGAGUCUCUUCGAGUUGGAACACCGGACAUAAAACGGCCCUUUCCGGCCAUAUACCCAUUUCACCUUGCAGCAAAGUAUAAUCACGUUGAGUGCAUGCAAGCUCUUCGUGAACAUGGUUUCUCCAUUAACUACACUACGGAAGAUGGGACAGCUCUACAUGUGGCUUCUGCUUGUGGACAGGCCGAGGCAGUCAGGUUUCUGCUGGAAAUUGGCGUGAACACUGAUAUCAAAAAUCAACACGGACAAACAGUGCUCCAAAUGAUCAUCGAUCUCCAGGAGAACCGAAGGAAUGAAAUCGCCCAUUUUGUAAAAAAUCCGGAAGGAUGGAAGGAAUGUAGAACAAUUAUCGAAGGAAUGGAUAGAAGAGACUCUGGAAGAGAAACCGAAGGAAGUCAAAGUGACAAUGAAAGAGAAGCAAUUUGGCAACCACUUCCAAGUCAAGCAAGCGUUCAAGUAUACCCGGAUCAACGAAGAAACAAUCAUUCCAUCUACCAGCCACCUUCUAUUUCUGCAAGACUGCGAGAUUUAUCCCCCGACGACUCUACAGAAGCUUUGAACAGUGUUCGAUCAGAGGGGCCUUACACCACACACUCUAUCAAUCGUACAUGGAACAGUUCCAUGUUAGACAGAGCUCCAAGAACUGGAAGGUUCCCGUUGACAUCGCCUAGUUAUCACUCAAAGCAUUAUUCGUGUCAAAGAUCCAGCGAUACAUUGCCAACGAGGCUGAAAAAUGUUAGAACGAGGCCAACAGAAAAGCAAAUAGCUUCUGUACUCCCGGGAGAUAAUUGUGCAUACAACUCUCCUUCAAAAUUCAAUGAAUGGCAAAAGAGUCAACUGACCAUUAGCAAUCGUCCGCCAGCACCAUAUGACAACGUUCCGAACAACUCUGCAAUAUUCGUCCGCCCCAACUCACCAAUAGCAAGAUCUGCAUCACUCCGUAGACAAUCCGGAUACGCAACACUUCCAAAACUUGCCACCUACUCUCCAAGAAUUCCAGAUCAUGGUCGUCCUGACCUGAAUGACGCCUUUAUUCAAGACCCAGACAAAACAAUGGAUAGGUCAUUGAAUCGGAACCAGUUUUCUAUUUCCCGAACUACGUGUGAUCGUGAAGAAUCGCUGGGAUUGACGCAAAGUCCAAGACUGGACACCAGAGCAAGCAGCAUAACAUCAUCCUUGACAUACGCGUGCUCGACACUUGACAAAGAUAAGUUCUUCCGGGAACGCGAACGUGAUAACGGCCGUGCACCAUUGGCAAUGCCAGAAGAAAUAACAGGUUCAGUGACAGGCAGUGUCAUUUACAGCCAAGGAAAUGCGAAUCAACAUCUAAAUGGGAAUUAUGAGAAAGACAACAAUGUGACUGCAAUUUUUUUAGAAGACGUGAUGAGACCAUCAUCAAACUCUGCCGAGAGCCCACCUUCCCCAAACACCUCUAAAGCAUUCAUCUUUGACGCGUUAUGUGGAAAAUCUCGGCUGGUUGACUCUACAAAUGUUGAUUUCUUCUCUGGAUUCUCGUCAUCGUCAAAUUUGAGCCACAGAAGCACUGAAUCAACGUCGAAGGUGCAGAUGAAUAGCAGUUUCACUGAGCCGGAAGAGCCUGUCCGAAUCCGCCGUCAAAAUGGAACAACGAACCUUAUGCUGAAUUCACUUUCACCCACAGAUAAUUUGUCGUCCCCCUCAUCAGACCAGAAAUCAGACACGACCAGUGAAGAACCUAGUUGGGAUAGGGUGGAAAGUGUAUUCGAUUCGUUUGGUGCAGCUCCAUGUCGUGAAAGUGUUUUUGUUCGUGAAUACGAGCCACGUGUGGCAGUUUACUUACGUGAUCGUGGGUCGAAAGCGUUGAGCGUAACACUUGUCGAGGAUGAGUUCAGAGAUCACAAGUCGCUUCUUGUAAAAAAGCAACCAAAAACAAUAAUUGAGUGGUUGGAAAGUGAUGUUAUGUUAGCCCCAGUAGCGGCUGAUUCAGUUGGAGCACUUCUUCAAACUCAUGGAUAUGAUAGAAUGGAUCAACUAAAAGGGAUAAUAAAUAGAAGUAUCCUUACGGAAAUCGGAGUAGAUGACGUCACCAAGUUCAAGAUAAUGUCAGAGAUUGAGAAAUUGAAGGAUGAUGUUGCUAGUGCUGGACGUUUCUUCUAUGUUAGUGAAUGGCUCAACUUCAUCGGACUUCAAGAUUACAUUUCCAACUUUGUCGGUGCAGGAUACAAGCAUAUGGCAAAAUUGACAGAAAUUGACUGGGACACGGCAAGAUUGAUGCAACUCGGUGUUACUCGUCCUGGUCACAUUGCUAGAAUGCUCCAUUCGUUCAAAAAAGCAGAAGACGAAAAAAGAAAAGAGUACAAUAAUCGACUACAGAUUAAGCCAUUAAUGUCACCUCCUCCUCUGCCGCCAAGGUCAAAACAAAACAACUGUGCUGAAUGCCCACAAGGCGAUUUUGACAAGAUCAAGAACAAGUUGCUGCAGGGCAACGUGGUGUAUCGUGCACACCACCUCGGUGUUCUGGAAAUUGGAGAAACCGAAUGCUCUGAUGAAGCUCAUGCAGCUAUGACAAGAAUCAAAGAGUCGAUAAUUGACUGGGAGACUAUUCCACGGGUUACUUUGGAUUUGACUUGCAAUGGAAUCACUAUCUUCGAUGAAACUUUUAAGACUCUACUUGACGGCUAUGGUGUCUAUACAAUAAGAGUCGUAUGUCAGGAUAGAAAGGAUCUCAACUUCUUCUGCUUUGUUGCAAGGGACACUGAAAAUCGUUUCUUUUGUCACACUUUCUGUGUGCUGACCUCGGGAAUUGCCGCAGAAAUCAUCACCACAAUCGGAAUGAUGUUUGAGCUCAGAAGCAGAAUGGACAAGUCUCUGCCAAUCGAAGGAACAAUGGUACGAUGCCGGCAUAACAGUCAGCAAACUACUGAGAACCAAAGAAAUUAAAUCCAGCAUAUCGGUCAAAUUCCAAAGAAUAAUUAUUACCAUUGAUCCCAGUAUAUCUGAAUUUCAGCCAUAAGUAGAUGAGAUUGGCUUUUGUUACGUGUAACUUUACUUAAUUUUUAAAAACCUUAUUGAAAGUUGUUUUCAAUUUAAUUUCCUAACCCGAUGUCUUCCUUACCCGGAAAUGUUUUAAUUCUAGCUCUUCAAAAGUGCAUUCCGUUGUUUGAUGUUCUUUCUAUUCUUGUUUUCCCAACAACUUAAUUUUCUUUUAGCGAUUUCAAACCAUACAAAGUGAUCAAUAAACAGUAUUCUGCUGAUCUUACGUAUUGGUUUCAUCAACCCCUCACAUCACAUCAACCUUUCUCGAUUCUAUCCUAUCGUUUUUUUCCAAAAACCCUUCAAUUUUUUUGUCCAUAAUGAAUUGUUCCCAUCAGUUUUAGAUACAUUUUUCACCAC